AUGAGUUCUAAAUUGUUUUUACUAACCUUGUUGUCAAUCGUGACAACGGCAUUUGCAGUCUCUUCAAAGUACUCUUCAUUUACUAUUACUUUACCAUCAUUUACGCAAGAAUGUGUCUACCACGACCUUAUUUCAAAAAGUGAUGCACUAGUGGUCAGUUACCAAGUCCUAACAGGUGGUAACUUCGAAGUGGAUUUUGAAAUUACAGCACCAGAUGGGAAUAAAAUCGUUAAGGAAAAACAAAAGAAGUACUCUGAUUUCUUACUGAGAUCAUUUGGUCUAGGUCAAUAUAAGUUCUGUUUCAGCAAUUCAUAUGGUACUGCUGUUAAGAAGGUUGAAAUGACCCUUGAAUUAGAGAAGGAUAUUCAAGAGGAAAGAGCUACCAACGCCAAUAGUGAAGAUGUUAUUGCAAACAAUGCUAUUGAAGAAAUUGACAGAAACUUAAAUAAGAUUUCAAAGACUAUGAAUUAUCUAAGAGCCAGAGAAUGGAGAAACAUGUCUACCGUUGAAUCUACCGGCUCCAGAUUAAAAUGGUUUUCUAUCCUAGUUAUGGCAUUGAUGGUCGGUAUUAGUGUGAUCCAAGCUCUAGCCAUCCAGUUCCUAUUCAAGAGUCGUUCAUCCAAUUUUGUAUAA